CAGGCCUGGCCUUGGGUUCGGACGUCGGCUUUGUGCACUGACAGAUUUAGGUUUUGGGGUUUAUUUGGGUUUCAGCCUCUCUGACCGCCACCGACCAACACUGCUCUGCUGCUCGCACCAAACAGGUUUUUUUAAUGGCUUCCAACAGUCUGUUCAGCAGCUCCAGCCCCAUGCUGUACUGGGACACCGUGGGUAAAUGUCGGCCGGCUCCAUCCCCUAAACUUCACCAGCUGGAUGAGCAGGAUGUGAGAGCUCCAUUGCAGCAGCACAGCACAGCAUCCCAAAGAGGCCUGGUUCACACUGACAGCCCCAACUUCCUCUGCAGCAUCCUGCCACAGCACUGGAGAUGUAACAAGACCCUGCCCAGAGCUUUCACAGUGGUUGCUGUCGGUAACGACGUGCCAGACGGGGUGGUUGUGACGGUGAUGGCGGGCAAUGAUGACAACUGCAGCGCUGAGCUACGCAAUGCCACAACAACCAUGAAGCAAGGUUAUGCCCAGUUCAACGAUCUUCGCUUCAUUGGUCGCAGUGGCAGAGGGAAGACCUUCACCCUAUCAAUCAAUGUGCUGACCUCACCUCCUCAAAUAGCCACAGUACACAGAGCAAUCAAGAUUACUGUGGAUGGACCCCGUCUGCCGAGACGUCAGAGACAGAAAGAGCUGAAGUCAGGAAUUUUCCGGCCUCCCAGCAGCAUCAGCAGCUCUGCCCCAAUAGACUGCAGGUCCUUUUCCUCCUCCCUGUGGAACAAUGAGCCCUCAUUUCUUGGUCAGGUCACAUCUCUGACAUCCUCCUUCACUCCUGCUCCCAGACUGCAUCACCUGCCCUCUGGCCCCUUCUCCACCCAUCCUCCUCCAUACGCCUCCUAUUUGUCCUCUGCUCCUUCUGGUCCCCCUCCGCUGAGCCACAGUGGUCCCUUCCAGCCAGGCAGUUUCUACUACGGGUCCAACCAACCACUCCAAAGCACAGGGGAGGACCGCAACAUUGUUGCUACCAUGUCCAAUUACAUAGAAGGGGCGUGUCUUAACAUGAGGGGGGAGGAGCCUGUCUGGAGACCUUACUGAUGGCAAUAAGUUCAGUUGUAACCACAUGUUUUAUUUUGUUUGUUCACACAUAAUGUCUUAUUUGUUGCAUGUAUUAUUGCUUUAGAUGAAUAUUCUUUUCAGAUUUUAGAAAACUUUGUACCAAUCUGACUGUAUGAUCUGGUUUAAUUGUCUCUGUAAAAUGCAUUGAGAUGACAUGUUGUUAAUGGUUGCUAUGGAAAUGGAAAUAAUUGAAAAUGUAAUUUUUUUAAAAUAAAAUGAUG